CUGUGAUUGGUUCAUGGGAGAAAAUAAAGCCUGGAACAAAUGGUUGCGAGCUGCAGUGUGGUGUGCCAGCGCUGCGUUGGAGCUUCUCGGGAAAACAACGAUGCCACUCAUGGAGCAGCUUUAUCACAUCGAGGGAGCUCUGUGGGAAAGUUUCUGUGUAGUGCAACAUUUCUAUGCGGACACACGCACAGUAUCGCAGCAUUUUGUAUCCAUUUGACUUCAUCGUAGACGUCUCAAAAUGGCUGCGUUGUUGCUAUUUUUUUCUAGGAGACCCGCAGCAGCUGCCUUAGCACUCACAGACUUCCAGACUAUCUAGAUAUCGAACUCUUGCAAGCGCAGAUCAGCAGUCCUCAGGCAUAAUAUGCUCAGGCUUCUUCAUGCUACAGGACUGCAUAUGAGUGACUUACAAGUUUCGGGGAAAUGUUACCAAAAAAUCACACCACAAACUGUCCAAAUAAAUGUUACAAAUAAACAUAACUAUAAAAGAUACGAAAUAUCAGACAUCAAGAAUCAUAUAUGAAAAAGCAGCCACAGAGACCGACAGUGGAUUGACGUCUCAGGUGGCAGGUGCACUUCAGCCAAUCAAUGGGCGUGGUUUCAGGGCACCUGUGGACGCCUAUAAAUUGUUUCUGGUCGCGCCAUUGUGGAUGUCGACAUGUGAUGUGAGAUUUUGUGAAAGUUUGUAUGCUGCUAGCCUGUAUUUUCUGUAGCGAUGAGUGCAGCAAAGCCAUACAUUGGCUGUAAGAUAGGGUUAAUUUCAAAAGCUCAAAAUCGUUAUGAGGGGAUUCUGUAUACAAUUGAUAAAGUGCAUUCUACAGUAGUGCUGGCAAAAGUUAAAUGUUUUGGAACGGAGGGACGACCCACUGACAGACCAACACCAGCCAAAGAUGAUAUCUAUGAGUACAUCACUUUCCGGGGAAGUGAUAUCAAGGAUAUCACACUGUGUGAACCUCCAAGAUCUCACCAUGGCCUACCCCCUGAUCCUGCAAUAGUGCAGUCAUCCAGUGCCAGCUCUUCAGGCGUCUACUCAGCUCUUGGACCAUUUAGCCCCCUAAGGAUGCCUGCCUACAACCAACUUGCUGCCAGCUCUCUACUUAAUCAGCAGUAUGCUGCAGCUCUUGGCCUUGGGCCUGUUCUUCCAGGCUUACAUGUUAGAAGGGGCCCCAUGGUGGAAAAGGCAGUUCAAACCCUCCAUAUGGAAAGGUCUUGGCAGAGGAGAGGUUUGACUGCAUCCCAGGAGCGGGAGCAGCGGUGGGAGAGGAGGCGGCCCCAGAGGACCAGAGGAGAGAGCCCCCAGACCAGAAGGGGCACUAGAACCACCAUGAAGUCAGGCCCAGUGGUGCCCAGCGCUCAGCAGGAAACUCGGCAGCAGAAUGAUGAAAACAGGCCACCACCCAGAAGAAGACAAGGGGCUCGGAGGCGAAGGAACCGCAGUAAAGGCCAGUUGAUGGUGGCUAAUGCGCCAUCUGCCACCCUCAAGUUUGACACAGACUUUGAUUUUGAUUCCUCAAAUGCACAGUUUAUUAAGGAGGAACUGGAGAGGGAAGGGCAGGACAGGAUGAAUGUGAAAGGUGGAAAUCAUGAGGUAGAAGAGAAAGCAAAAGAGGAACUGCACUCAACCACAGAGGAUGAUCAUUUUGGACCAAAAUGCUAUUAUGACAAGGCAAAGUCUUUCUUUGACAACAUCUCGUCUGACAAUAAGUUCAGGUUAACAUGGGCAGAGGAGCGGAAGCGUAAUCUGGAGACUUUUGGGGUCCCCGGACGAUUUCUGAGGGGCCAGCGCUUCAGAGGUGGAUAUACUGGACGAAGAGGACGAGGCGCUGCUCAGACUCUGCCCUCUUACAGAACCAGGAGUGGACAUCUGUAAAGGUCAGCGUUUGUUACCAGGGCACUAUAGCAACCCUAUCCCUGCAACCUCCAGUGAUUAUUUCCCUUAUGUAUAACAAAUGGGUUGUUUAACCCAUUUAUUUGUCUAAGUGUCUUUUUGUCAUGAUGAUCAGGAAAAGCAGCUCUAUUGGCACUAUAUGAAGAAUGAUCUUUUUGUUUUUCUCCCUGAGGCAGUUAUCCUGUACCCAUAUUGCCAGGAUUUUAUUUUUAUUUAUGUCUUUUUUGUCAUUUGACUCCAUUUUGAAUAUGGAUGCACAGCACACUAAACAGUCCACUGUGUGUGAAAAUAUUUUUUCUCCCCUCAGGAUAUUUGCCUGAAGAAUUAUUAUUUUCUAUUUAAUGGGAAGUGAAUGUUUAAGUUUUUUCUGUUUUCUUCUACUUGAAAAUUUCAUUUCAAUUUCAUUAACAAAUGAUAAGUAUGAAUAUUAUCAACAUAAAACUAAACCUAAAUGUAUGCUAAAUCUUGUCCUUUAUUCUGUCCUAUUGAAGCAACAAGUGAGAGUAAUGUAAAUAAACUGGAAAUCGCUGA